UUUAACUUUUGAGUUUAACCACAUGUUUUAAUUGAUGUUUAAAGACUGGUUGAUUUUUCUUUAAUCUUUUUGGAAAUUUAUAAGGAAGUUUUGGUACUGAAAGGAAGGACAUCUUAACAGUUAGAUUGAGCUGGGGUUAUGUGACCAUAGAGCCUUCGGUCAAGACCUCGUAAGAUUUGCUAAGAAAUAGUUUCAGCCCAUCUGUGGCUGCCAGACUGGUACCUGUUUGAUUGAGAUGAUCAGUGUUAUCAGAAGCUUGGACAGUCUGUGAUCUUGGUCCCCUUGGUGCUCAAGUUCCACCUGCUGAAUUUCUGGAGGAAAAGAUAAUUCCCAUGUAGACACCUGACAGCAACGGAUGACCGCCAUAAAUGAUUGUAACUUAUUAGAUUAGCACUUGGCUGUAUUUGGAGAAAAACGUAUCCAAAGGUGGACGUAGCUAAAUCAGGCACAAUGAUUGUUAGUUCCAAAAAAUCUACAAUAGUGGCUCAGGUACAAGAACAGGCCAUCGGAGCCGGGGCCGACGUUCCUACGAAGAGAAUGGGGAGAAAGAAAAUACAAAUCUCCCGCAUUGCAGAUGAGAGAAACAGACAGGUCACGUUCACGAAGCGUAAGUUUGGCCUGAUGAAGAAAGCGUAUGAGCUGAGCGUGUUGUGUGACUGUGAGAUAGCGCUCAUCAUCUUCAACAGUGCUAACAAACUGUUCCAAUAUGCGAGCACGGACAUGGAUAAAGUCCUCCUUAAAUACACGGAAUAUAACGAACCUCACGAGAGUCGAACCAACAAAGACAUCAUCGAUUCGUUAAACAAGAAAGAGCACAAAGGCUGCGAAAGUCCGGACCCGGAAUGCGAUCCAUACAUGAACACGAUAUCGUUCGAGGAGAAAUACAACCGUAUGAACGAGGACUAUCAGCGCGUUCUGCAGCAGCAGAAUCAGAUGAGGGCACCUAUGUCUCCAUAUCCCCCUGGAGGGUUAUCUCCUGGAGCAAUGCCGAUGCACAACUCACCCUACAUGAACCACUCACUACAGGGUCACAUGGGCCAACACAGCCCCGCCAUCAGCAGCCCAGGGCUCUUACAGCCCCCACCUGGUCCAGGCAGCUUGAGCCCAAGACCCAACUCUACAGGUCACAUGGUUGAGAUGAGCCAAUCGCCGACGCCCAAUGGCUACCAUCGUGUGUCGCCAUGUUCCUCCCCAGGGAUGAUCCCUGGGGGUAAGUCCCCACCCCUCCACAACCGAGCCCCACCCCCUGGGCAUCCAGGCCCACCCAGACUUAUGGUCCCUGAUGCCAGAAACAACAUGAUGAAUUCAGAGAUGCAGCAGCAUUCUCCGGGUGUUCCAGCCGUGUCGAUCUCAACUCCGAGUAUUUCCCAGGGGACUGGCUAUCACUCCCCCCUUCCUUCAUAUCACAACAAUGAGUACCUUGGUGGUUCUGGUGACGGGAUGGUAGGUGGGGGAGGUGGGAUGGGGCAGGGUUACUCCCCUCAGCCCAGCCCCCACCACUGGAGUCAGGGCUCCCUUACCUCCGGUAUACCCCCUGGGGGAAACAUGCACCAUCUACAAGGAUCAGGACAGAACAUAGGCAGUGCGAGUGGUAAUCAUGUGUCCCCAUUACUUAUAAACACAAUGAAUCAAAGACUGAAUAUAAAGAGUGAGCCCUUGUCACCCACUAGAGACUCGAACACGCCCAACAUGGGUCUGCGCCCGCCCUCACAGAACCCAGGCCAGUACUCCCCUGGUCACAUGUCUCCACAUCUUAACGCCUCUCACAGUAACUGUUCAUCCCCCACCCCCGGACUCCAGCAACAUGGGGGCCACCCUCCUCACCAGCAGAACCCCGUCCAGCCCCCUGGGGGACCCCCUGUUACCAUGACAACACAUGAUCAGCACCAGCAGCAUGGGGGGAUGAAUGGCGGAUGCGGGCUGCCGGACUACGACAGUGGUGGCCCAAUGAUGAAACGGGCUCGAUUAGAGGGCUGGACAACAUAGUGUUUGUGUGUGCCUCGUGUUCCUGUCUGGUCUCGUGUCUGUAGAUAAACACAUUGAAGAGUUUGUGGGAGAUACUAUUCCAGUGUGAGCUUAGAAAGUGCUUUUAUACUUUUAACUGUGGAAACAGAAAUGGGAGGAAUGGUGAUGUGCUGUGGGAAGGGAAGUCAGUGAGAAUUAAGUUCAGGUGAAGUAGUUAAGAGUUGCUGCCCUUGAUUGGUUAAAAAUGGCGGCUUAUGAUUUCUAGUUGUUGUGAAAAACUUUUGAAACAUUGAAUUUGUUUUGGUUUUUUGUCUUUAAAAAUUGUUUCUGGUUAUCAUCUAUACAUAAGCUUCAUUGAUUAUUAUUUCCAUUGAUCACUUUACUACGCAAGAAGUCUACCACGGCUAUUGAUUAAAGAUUGUUGUUUAUUAAGUUAUUUGUGACGUUGCACUGCAUUAUUUAAUUAUUAUGUUAUUUUGUUUGGUCAUGUUUUGUUAUAAUGCUUAUGAAAUUGUUCACAAUUGUUUUUCAUCUUGAAUUUGGAGGCUUUCAUAUCAUAUGUAAAUAGCUAGAGAGUUAUUUGUUUUGCUCAUAGGAGAGUUUGUGCCAACUACACUCGUUUCUCUUUUGACAGUGACACUGUCUUAAGAGUAAAGGCCAACACAUCAGGCCCAAGUUUCUCAAAACUUCAUUAAUUCCUUAUAACAGGAUUAAGCUAAACUCACUAUUUUUGUUUUUCAAUAAUUUGUUUAAUAUCUACUUCUUUAAGAGUUUUUAUACUUAAGAUAGGAAUUAUCUUUAUAAUACUGAUUAUCACAAUAUAAACCAUUCUUCAAUUUUGAAAAUGCAAUUUUAGGUAUUUAUUUUGGCUAAUUGAAAAAAGCUACUUAAGCCUGUUUAUUUUAAGAAGUUUCGAGAAAUUCGGGCCAGCACACAAAUGCUAACUCAAUGUAUAUAGGUUUGAAACAUUUUGAAUUUCGGGCUUUUAUAACAAUAUUAAGAAAGAUAAUAAGAAAAAUAGUUCCGGUUUCUUAACACCAAUUGUUUUAAGAAAUAUACAAGUUAUUUUUAACAGUGCAGUACAAGUGUUAAAGGAAUCUCCGAGUUUUCUUGAUGAAACUGGCCCCCAGAUGUUUGUGGCUGUUUCCAUGGUGUCACUGUUGUGUUAUGUUCCUCUUUCCUCGUUGUGUUUGUUACAACACGAUUGUUUUUGCCCUGUGCCUUGUUGUUAACUUGUUACAUCUUUUACAUGUUAGAGUUUUGGAAGUGUUACGUCUGCUUAUCUAUUUUAAGAAAUAAGCACAAAUGUUAUUUUUUGAUCCUGUUAAUCUUUGUGUCUUAGUCAGAUUGAUAUUUUUUGUAAGUACUGAGUUCAGUACCAUAGUCUUCACAAAAAAGAGAAGCUUUUAAUACUGAUUUUGCGCAUCAAUAUUUGAAUUAAAAUGAGAGUUUCUGCUACUAGAGAAGUAAAGCUUUGGUUCAUUAAUUGUAAGCUCUAAGUGAAUAUGGAAUGAUGAAUUACAGGACUUAAUUUGUUUUAUAAUAGUUAUAAUAGUUUGAGAUUAGGUUUUUAGCUUUUAAGAAAAAAAAGAGUUGAGGUAUUGUGAUAGCCUUUGUGUUGGUUGUUGUCGUCUGUGGCAUAUGGUCCAAACACCUUCGACAUAACCUUAAACAAGGUUCAGCCCAUUCCAAUGAAACUUGGCAACCAGGUUGCUAGAGACCAUUAAUACAUGUGUUACAAGGUCCGUAACUCUGUCUAUAGUAGUUGUUGAGUUAUGCCCCUUUGAAAAAUUAACAACAACAACAACAACACCAGACGAGUGUUGGCAUCUGGCUUUGGUGCUCUUGGUUUUGAGAUGGGCUUUAAAUUGUAUAAAAGGAAUAACUAUUAGGAAAAUAACCUAGUUGUACUUCCAUAGAUAAAAUAUUUCUCAAAGACAUUUCAAGUAAAUGUGUCUUAAUUUAUUGAACAUCGAAAUGCAUUCUCAUUUUUGAGUGAUAAUACAUAUGUGGUUUUGCAAAGUACUGAUAAAAAAUUCAUAUAUGAUAUGGUUGCAUUGUGUUAAAAGACAAUUUUAUUCCCCUGUAAAUAGUCUGUUGUUAGAUCUUUUAUUUGUAAAAGUGCUGUGAAAAGUAUAGACAUUGUUAAUGAUAAUGAGAUUGAGGCAGCUUAUAGUUUCGUGGUUUAUCAGCAAAUUGCUUUGUAUUUUUAAUCUGUUUAUUUGAAACGUAAAGUUUAAAUGGAAUUGGGAAGUUUUGUUAAUUGGAAUGAUUUUAUUUGUACAGACAUGUUAUUGGUCUUUUAUUCAUGAAAAAAUGAAAGCUCAAUUUAAGUGUGAUGUAUGUGAGUGAUUUUACGACAGCAACAUACUAGCAAUCAAACUAAUCGUACAGAUAUAAAUUGGGUUGUUCUGGAACUAUAUUUUUAGGAAUAUCCAAUUUUGUACAAAUGACUUGGGUAACUUUAAGUAUCCUUGAAUUAUGAUAGGGCAGGUCUAUGCUUCCAUAAAUGUAUUGAAUCCUGUUCAUUCAGACGCUUCAGUUUCAUGUUCAAUUUCUCGUAAUGGCAACAGAUUUUCAUUGCACUGCAAGCUAAACUAGUUGUUACAUCAAAGUGCAGUGAACAUAGUUACGUCAUUUUUAUGGACAUUUUUAAGUACAACAUUCAAGUCAACAUUUUAAUAUAAAACGUUAAGACAAAUGUUUUAAAAUACGUAAUUUUGAUAAACAUUUUAAAAUACACAGUUCUGAUAGAUAUUUCAAAAUACAACUUUUAAGUUGAUACUUGAAAGUACAUUGUUCUGAAACACAUUUUGAAAUACACUGUUUUGAUCGACAUUUUAAAGUACAUCGUUCUUAUUGACAUUUUAAAAUGCAUCGUUAAAACAUUUAAAACAUUUCAUCGUCCUGAUCUACAUUUUAAAAAAUAUCGACCGAUAGACAUUUCAACAUACCGGUACAUGGUUCUCAUAAAAUAAUUCAAAACAUUGUAAGGCAUUUUUACAAUAAUAUAUUGUAAUGGAAACACAGGUCUCAUAUUUGCACACAUUCUAUUAUUUGUGGACUCGGCUAUUAUUAAAUUGGAUGAAUGAUCUUUGCUUUCUACUGGACUUAUAUUUCGUGCACAUAUUGAAAUUUGAUGCAUUUUGCAAUUUUGUUUUAAUACCAUAAUUCUCUUCAAAAUUCUGUAAACAUACAUAUAAUAGCUAGUCUUUGCACUCAGAUGUACUCAGAUGUCUUAACUCUUUUGUCAGGUAUGAUCAAUCAGGUACUCAGAAUUUCUAAGAAAUGAUAUAUUUAUUCAUUCAUUUGUUUAAACUGUAAGAUAACAUUUCUGUAACAUACUUCUUGUGCAAUAUAGUCUAUAAUACCUUAAUUUUAACACAUUCUCAAGACAGUUUUUAAACUUACAUGAAGAGUGAGAAUUUUGUAACGUUCAUUUUAGCUUAGGCAUUGAAAGUCAAAAUAAUGGCAAAAUAUUAACUUUUACAAAAUUUUCUUUUACUGCUGAUAUAUAAAUACAGUAUUUUUAUGAUAGAAAAUAAUUGAAAUGUAGUCUUAAUUAAUCUGAUUUCUGGUGAAAUUUGAUGACUUAAGAUUUUAUGUCCAUCAUUUUAAUGGAGACCCCCCAAAAAUGAAUGUAGAUCUUAAUUUAAAAACAAAGUAAUAAUAGUCAGAAAUGUUUCACGCCUUGCUUGUAAAAUAAAGUUGUGCACAUGUAUAGAAUGUCUGAACAGCAUAAUGAUCUCAAUGCGUGUAUUUCUAGUAUUCUCUGUAAUUGUUCCAUUUUAAUGAUUACAUUUACAUAAUUGUAUAUUUUAGAGUGGCAUUCUAAAUAUUUAUGUUACAAAAAUGCUUCUUUUAUACAUGUAAAGAUGUAUUCUAACUUCCUGGCUGUUACAAAUGGCCGUUCAUGCAACACAUAUUGGCAGAACUAAAAUGGUUGUUUUAAUCCACAGGCCACAACUAAAUGACGUUUCAUUUUUAGGAUUAAUCUCUCUUAUUUUUCAGAAAUUGCAAGAUGAUUUAAAAUUUCAUUUUUUUUAAACAAUUAAGCCACUCCUAUUUUUCACUUAAAAAAAAGAGAGGCUAAAAUCACUUCCAUGUGAAGCCAUCAAACAAGGGGAAAACAUGUGAUUAUAUGUCUCCAUCAACUUCUCGGAGACUGAAACAGGUAUAUAAAAUGAAUGCUUUGUAUCGAACAUGUAUUUCGUUUAUCUUACAUGUAGAAGUGAGAACAGUUAAUGAUAACCAUUCUAAAUAUUAAUUAUAUAGGAAAUGAAAUGGAAAACCCAAUCACUCUAUAUUUUUUGUGGCCAAAAUCAUAUGAACACAUUUUUAGAUUAAGGUGGUUUUAACUUUACAUUUUUAAUACAUAUAUUUUAAAUUAUAACUGUAUGUUUUUUAGACAAAAUAGCAUUUUAUCUUAUAACACUGUCUUGGCUCCACCAAGUUUUAUCUUGUAAAUCAUUUUCUCAUAUUGUAUAUUUAACAUGUUUAUUCUGCAUUUUUAGUGUUUUUCACGUUCGCCAUUGCACAUUGGUUAGGUGUUAUAUUAUUACUGUUAAUGAUGUUUGCUUAAUAGUAAGGUUUUAACGAUGUUCAAUGAUUGUUAUGUGUUUGAACUUCAGGAUAUUUUUGUCUUGAAGUUGGAAUCUAACUACUGUUUGCAAAUCAACUCAGCAUUUCAAGUUUUUGAAGCAUUUAAUCAACCCGCCCAAAUCCAUCAAGUGAAUUUCAAAUCGAGUGCAAAAUUUAUGUUGUUGAUCAUUUUUCACAUUUAUUAAAGAAACUGACUGUUAUUGUCAACGUUCUGUUGUAUACUUUAAUGUAUUACGUGGAACUACUUACUGAAGAGGCGGCCUCAUUCCCGCACAAUGCGUACAUGAACAGUUUGCAUUGGUUUCAUUCCAACCAGCCAAAUGAAUUGUUGGUUAAAUUAAGGCUUCCAAGAAUUGUCUGCAAAAACAAAUUAUUAAGUGUUGAAACUAGAUAUUUUGAGUCGUUUUUGGGAUGUUACAAGGCACUAAGAUUGUUAUUAGUUUAACCUUAUUGAUAAGCAUGUUUUGCUAAGUUUGAUUGCAAAAUUUAGUAUUUUAACUUGUUAUCUUACAAGACAGUAGAAAACGUUUGUUUGUCACAAAUUUUUAUCACCCAUAACUUAUCAGGCAUAUUAUAAUAAUAUUGCAAGUUGUUAGAGUAAAACUGCAACCCAAGAAAUAAUCGGUAAACCAAGGCUUUCUAUUUCAUCCGACUACAAUGGACUUUUGAGAACUUAAGCAUAAUGGGUGUUUCCAAGUUCAAUUAACUUUUAUUGUUUGAAAAAAAUCAAUAAACACACAUGUUUAAGUGAUGGCACAUGCUGAAUUCACGGAAACCCAGAAUGCAUAAUUUCUGAAUAAAGUCCAUUAUUUUAAAGAAAUUGUGGUCAUUUUGACCUCGCAUAAAAAUCCACGUAUUAGAUUGUAUUAAUUAGUAAAGGUUUAAAUCAUAGCUGCCUUGUAUAGGAGUUGUUUGUAAGAAUUAUUUACUUACAAACAACAAAGAUUUAAUUGUUGUUUUGUUGUUAUAAUUAGGUGUCAUUAACUGUUUGUAUGCACAUGCUGUAAACUGGAAAAUGUUUAUAUAUUUUUUCAAAGUGUGCUUAUUAUUUCAUCAUAUAAUGUUUUCAACAUGUGUACUGAAUUGGUAAAUAAAGUCUGUGGUAAAGUA